UUUGUGUCCAUUCUCUGCAGGUUUUUUUUUUUUCCUCUUCAUGGCACUAAACUUUCCUGUAGAAGAAUUUAUGUAACCUCAACAGGACAGAGACCUUAAACACAUAAAUGCUGGAGGAAGUCACAACAUAAAAACGUCCAACAAGAAAGUUUUGAACGGUGGGAGCAACUUCAAAAGUCUGAGGAUUACUGAGAGAAAAGAAGGACCAUCAGGCUGAAAGAGCGGGACCAUGCCGGGCUGUCAAAUCCGGACUGGGUUUGUGCCAGUUGUGCUGAUCUAUUUCUUUCUGCUGUUGGCAUCUGAUUCAGGGAAUGCACGCAUGAUCAGGAAGAGGGGACUCAACCAAAAGGACUAUGAGUACCCCAACCAUCCUCAGACCACUCAGCACCAGAAGAACGACCGCUGUCCCCCGCCGCCCCAGAUGCUUCCCGAGCGGGCCUGUGAGGUGCCGGGUUGCCGGUCAGAUUCUGAGUGUGAGAGACACAAACGGUGCUGUUACAACGGCUGCAUCUACGCCUGCCUGGAGUCAGUGCAACCUCCACCCGUGCUGGACUGGUUGGUUCAGCCCAAGCCGCGGUGGUUAGGAGGGAACGGCUGGCUUUUAGAUGGACCAGAGGAGGUUCUGCAGGCUGAGGCCUGCAGCACCACAGAGGAUGGAGAUGAGCCUUUGCUCUGCCCAACUGGUUACGAGUGCCACAUCAUAAACCCAGGAAACCCCUCUGCUGGGAUCCCAAACCGAGGCCAGUGCAUCAAACAGCGUGGAAACUCAGAUGGACGUAGCCUGAGACACAAGUCCUUCAAAGAUUACAAGGAUUAUUUAGGAAGUAACUCCAACAAUGCAGUGAGCUAUGAGAAACAUCCACACAAGCACUUGGGUUGAGAGAGGUGACUGAAUGUGGGUUCCAUUUUAGAGGACGGUAGUAACCCCACCCAUCAAAUCCAACAUAACUGGACAAGCCUUUCUCUUCAGCUUAAACCAGAGAUCAUUUCACAUCUGGUGCUAUUUUCCAUGGCUGCUUAAUAUGGAGACAGAAAUGGAAAGUUAAAAUUCCCUACCUCUUACAAAAGCCAAAAAACCGAACAGAAAUGAUCAAAGAGCUCAUCUGUCUUAUGUAUGCAUAGCUUCGGGUAAAACGCACAUUCCCUCAGAAUUAACUAUAUUUGAAAGUUUUGAGAAUAAUACUUUGUGUGGUUUUUAUGCUGCUGAGUCUGAACUUUUUUUUCUUU